AUGACGGACGCCCAAAUCUCGGACAAAGUCGCGGUCGCGCCAGCAUCCCAAGACGAUGUUGGAAAGGAGCCUGAGUCUAGCCAGCAAGAGGUCAUUGCUCCUGUUUCCAGAAGCAAGCAGUCGCUCUCUGACAUUUUCACCAUUUUUUGCUCUGGUUUUGCCCUCAUUUCGGAUGGCUACCAGAACAAUCUCAUGACCAUGACCAAUGUCUUGUUCAAAAAGGAAUACCCCAACGAGUACACCUCCUCGGUCAGCACCCGCGUCUCCAACGCGCUCCUCGUGGGUGAGAUUCUCGGCCAGGUCGUCAUUGGUCUGACCUGCGAUUAUCUCGGUCGCAAAACUGCCAUCAUUGCGACUACUCUGAUGAUUGUUGUUGGCGGUAUUCUGGCGACGGCUUCUCAUGGCAUCACCAUUGAUGGAAUGUUUUGGAUGCUGACCAUUUCUCGUGGUAUUGUUGGCUUUGGCGCUGGUGGCGAGUAUCCCGCUGCUAGUGCUUCGGCUUCUGAAGCUGCCAACGAGCAUACCUUAGGCCACCGCGGUCCCGUCUUCAUUCUCGUUACCAACCUGCCGCUUUCUUUCGGUGGCCCACUAGCCGUCUGCGUCUUCCUGAUAGUCCUUUCUGCUGCCGGAGAAAAUCACUUGUCUACCGUCUGGCGUGUCUGUUUCGGCAUUGGUGUUCUCCUGCCAUUGACGGUCUUCUAUUUCCGUCUCAAGAUGCUCAACUCGAAGCUGUACCGUCGCGGUGCUAUCAAGAAGAGAGUCCCGUACCUUCUCGUCAUCCGCUACUACUGGAAAACUUUGAUUGGAACUUGCGGAGCCUGGUUCCUCUACGACUUCAUUACAUUCCCCAAUGGUGUCUUUUCCGGCACCAUCAUCUCCAGUGUCGUCUCCAAGACUGGCAGUCUGCGCAGCACCGCCGAAUGGCAGCUGCUCCUUGACUCUAUUGCUCUUCCUGGCGUACUUCUCGGUGCAUUCUUCUGCGAUCGCCUUGGUCGCAAGAAUGUCAUGAUGAUUGGUUUCUCUGGCUAUUUGAUCUUUGGUCUCAUCAUCGGUCUCGCCUACGACAAAGUUGUCAACAUUAUCCCACUCUUCGUCAUCUUUUACGGCCUCAUGCUCAGCUUCGGCAACUUUGGUCCCGGCGAUAUGCUGGGCCUCAUCUCCUCAGAAAGCUACGCCACCAGUGUUAGAGGUACAUGUUAUGGCCUUAGUGCUGCAGUUGGAAAGGCUGGUGCUGCCAUUGGUACCGAAGCUUUCAAGCCUAUCCAGGAGAACCUCGGCAAGAAGUGGACUUUUAUCAUUGCUGCUAUUUGCGGUGUCGCUGGCAUUCUCGUCACCUUCUUCUUUGUCCCCAAGCUUACCGGUGAAGACCUGUCUAAGGAGGAUGAAAAGUUUAGAGCUUACCUACUGAACAAUGGUUGGAAUGGUGAGAUGGGCGAGCAAGACUUGGCCGCGCUUGCUAAAGAUGUUCACUAUGUUGAGACCCCAUCCAAGGAGGGAGGGUAUGAUGAAAAGACCGCGUUGCAAUCAUAA